UGCAACAAUUGUGAAGGCCGCGCAAACUCACUGUCCCACAAAAAUAAUAAUUUAAUUUAUUGCUUAUCUUCGCCGUAUUUCCUUUUUCCAGGAAAGUUGUUAAUCUGUUACACGCUCACGUAAUAAGUGCAUCCAAAUUACGUCUGAUCAACCAGUGAAUCAUUUUCGUUCCUCCUGAAAAGCGCGUUAGUGAUGUUAAAUACACAAGUGUGGGAAAACAUAAAACGUUGUGCGAAAAACAUCGUAUAGCACUUGUUUAAAUGGUGCUACUGAAUUUUCUUCAAAAAAACAUUGUGGUAUGAAUUCCUCAAUUAACCUUCACAAACCUACUGGGGGGUUUCACUGCAACAAGAAUGCCUUAAUUGACGAUUUCGGUUGGUUCCUGCAGAUUUUGUUGGCGAGCUUAGCAUUCACUUGUCUCAUCGCGAAACGAUUUUGUGAACCAAAAAAUGAACGAAGAUCAUGGCUCAUUUGGUUUUACGAUACAUCGAAACAGGGUAUGGGUGCCAUAGCGAUACACUUGGCGAAUGUCUGGCUUGCGGGACAAUACACCGGCGAUCCGUGUACGUGGUAUAUUAUCAACUUUCUGCUAGACUCCUCGCUGGGUCUUUUCAUUAUAUUCAUAGGAAUUCGCUUGAGUCAACACUUAUCGAAACGAGACGGAUGGGAAGCGAUCAAUUUUGGGGAAUAUGGUAAUCCGCCGUCGGUCAACGCGUGGUUGGCCCAAUGCUGUUUAUACAUAGGAUUAAUGGUUAUCGUUAAAACGUGCAUAACGCUAUUAAUGCAACUGAACUUUUGGGAAAGUGUGAGAGAUUUAAUUUUACCGCCGAUAGAUAAUCCGAAAAUCGAACUUGCCUUCGUAAUGCUCAUUAUUCCAUUUUUCGUAAAUAUAUUAAUGUUUUGGGUGACCGAUAAUUUCUUGAUGCAUAGAAAUUCCAAUUUAGCCCAUCGAACACACACGGAUGACAACUGUUCGUGCAAAGGUGGUCCACAAUACAGAACUAUAAACGAUUAUAGAAGAGUUAGUUGUUCAGAGAAUGAUGGCCUUUUGAUGGAUGAUGAGUUACUUGAUUCUGAGGACUCGCCUCAUGCGUCUGCGUAAAAUCACGUGAUCUUAAAUUUUAUCGUCCAGUUACAUAUGUGCUUAUUGUUGUGAUAGAUCAUUUAGUUUUAGUUUAUAAACUCUUUAUCCUUAAUGCAUUGCCUUUUUGAUGAAAAUAUAUAUGGAGUUAAGGUAAGAAAAACACAGUGAGUAGUUCUAAGACGAAGACAAAGAUGACAUAAG